AUGUCUUCGUCAUUCAGUUUCCCUCGUCCGACUACUAAGACCGAUGAUCUUGAGGACCUUUACAAGGUGUACGGGGUUGAUCGCACCGUCGUUCUUGAUUUAGCCGGCACGACUGAGACUCCCGAAACUGUACGGGAAGGUUAUUGCGGAGCCUAUCUUUCUUUCUUUCACUCCUGCGGUCUUAACUUCCCGAUUCCGGAGCCCAUACUAGAGAUUCUGGCGGAGCUUGGGUUAUCGUUCACUCAAAUCCUCCCGAACUUCCUUAGGUACAUUGUUGUGUUCUUGGUUAGGGCUAGGGAGGAAGAUCUUUCUUUUGGCCUUGGUGAGUUCCGACACCUCGUUCUGGUGAAGCGGAACCAGCAGAAUCCUAGUACCUUCCUUGUGUCUCCGCGCCAAGGUCACCACAUCAUCGAGGACAUCCCCUAUCGCGAUGAGAAGUGGCGCGAGCAGUUUUUCGCUUAUAAGGUGGAUCAAGCGUCAGUUGGCGAAUUCGAUUUCUCUCAGCUUUCUCGGAGUUGGGCUGAGAAUAUCACUCCUUCCGGAAGUUCUUUGAUGUUGGACGAGAUUCGUGGUUUGAUCGGGGUUCUUCGGAGAGGUCGUUCGAACUGGUCUUCGUUUGACCAAACUCGGAUUCGAGCUGCCUUCGCCAUGCCAGAGGGGACCAACAGGGCCUCAUUGGUUGGGGGUUCUGAGGAUGAGGCGGAACAGUCCCAGGAAGUCAUUGCGACUCCUUCCGUUCAGGCUCAGUCUUCAGAUCGAUUGGCUAGACAGCUUGUGAGGAGGUCUUCGUUUCGUACUUCUGGGUCUGCAUCGAGGAACCGAGCUUCUGGUAGACCUACUUUGAUCUCGAUUCAUGACUCCGACGAUGAAGAUGCUUCGGAAGAUAGAUAG